AACAAAUGAACUCAAUCUGCUAGAUCUAUUCUAAGACCUAGACUUCUAGAUUCUAUGUCGGCUAUGUUAUCAAAUGUUAUGUAGAUCUAAGAUCUAGAAUAUCGAUAUAAGAUUUCUAGUCUGUAUCUUAGUCUAUAAUAAUACUUCUAUAGAUUGAAUCUAUCUAGAUCUAUUUAAAAUGGCAUCUAAUGAUGUUAUAUACACUUUAGCGAUGGUGAUCUCUGUAGCGUUAGGCCCUUUAUUUCGUGAUGUUUUGAAAGAUGCAACUUCCCGAAAAUAUGUUUCUGCUGCUUUGGGAUUCUUGUUACUUUUAGGCACCUGUGGUCAUCAUAUCAUUCAUUUAUUAAUAACAAUACUAGGAAACUGUUUCAUUUUAAGUUUCUUUUGCCCAUCAAAAUCUGAAACCAGUAACAGUAACAGGCAAUUGGGGAUAGCCGGAAUCAGUUAUCUUUGGAACUUUGGUUACCUCGCUCUGUUCAGAACAAUUCAUUGGUUUGGGAUUUCUGCUCCUUCUCCUGUGACUAAUGCAGCCCAGUUAUUCCUGACUUUGCGUAUGAUAGGAUUAGCCUUUGAAGUUCAAGACACCCGCACUAGAAAUUCAGACACAAGCACAGACAUUGAAUUGAAAAAGAAAUACUGCAAUAUUAAUGUUAGUUUUUUGUCAGUGAUUACUUACGCUCUAUGCUAUAUUGGACUUUUUACAGGUCCUUACUUCAAAUACAGAACUUAUCAGGACUGGCUUAAUUUACCAAAUAAUGCCAACUUAAAUAGACAAGAAAAGUUUAUCAAAAGAGCUCUUGAUCUUCCAACCAUUGCUGUGGCUUUUCUUUUCUUCUCAUAUUUUUUUAACAUUCAGUAUGUUGAGACAGAGGAAUUCAUGGAAAGAAGUUUCUUGUAUCGUUUGUUUUACAUGGUCCCAAUGUUCAUCAUCUUUCGAACUCGCCUUUACAUGGCCUGGAUAAUGUCCGAGUUAAUGUCAGUGACAGCAGGGCUGGGAGCAUACCCUGAAGAUUCUGUUCCUAAAUGUGGUGAAGGACCAACAGACUACAAAAAAUUGGAUGUUGCACUUGAAGAGGAAAAAGAAGGUAGAAAAUGUGAAUAUAAUUUUGAAACGAUUCACAAUAUUGACAUCUAUGGAUGUGAACUAGCACCAAUGACAAAACAGGGUCUAAGAAGUUGGAAUAUGACUGUGCAGUACUGGCUAGCUAACUAUGUCCAUAAAAGAGUUCCACAAUCAAUGAAGGCCUACAGAGUGGCUAUAACAAUGACAGUGAGUGCCUUCUGGCAUGGAAUCCAUCCUGGCUACUAUUUGAGUUUUCUCACAGUUCCACCAAUACUCAUGGCAGAAGAAAGCAUGAUAAAAGCCUUCCGUGAUGGAAAGUCUGCACAGGUGCAAAAGAUGUUUGACUGGGGUUGCUGGUUCUUUAAAAUGCGUGGUUUCGACUACAUGUGCAUGGGCUUCCUUCUGUUGAAACUUAGCUCAACUUUGAAAUACUGGUACUCUAUUUACUUUAUAGGCCAUGUUGUCAUGUUGUUGUUUUUAGCUUUGGGAAAAGUAACUCUAACAUUUCGACCAAAGAAAAUAAAAGACUUAGGAGACAGGGACAAUUUUAAGUCUUUUGAAGGGAAUAAGAAGUUUAAUUAAUAUUCUGAGUUUCUUGCACAUAAAGUAGAUAAUAUAAGUUCCCAUAGAGGUUCUUUAGAUGUUAGGUAAAAUUCACUAGUUUUAUUGCCAUUAGAGCUGUGUAGAUUCAGUAUUUAAAGACCACAUCACAAACCAAGAGAUUAGAGACAGGGUUACUGCACCGAUUAGACCCCAUGAUGACCUGCUAAUUAUCGUAAAAAAGUGCAAGCUAAAAAUCUAUGGCCAUAUCACAAGAUCUUCGGGGCUCGCUAAGACCUUCCAUCAGGGAACAGUACCAGGAAAAAGAAGAAAAAGAGGCAUACAGAGAAAGCGAUGGGAGGACAACAUAAAAGAAUGGACAGGCAUGCCAUUGAAUGAGGUUCUAACUAAGGCUAAGGACAGAGGGGAAUGGAGAAGGACAGAUGACGAAUCUUGCCUGGUGCCCCAACGUUCCAGAAGACUAAGGGAUAGGUAAAGGUAAAAGGUAAAGAUUCAUGGAGAUUCUAAAACAUUAUCCCUCCUCCCUUUUUCGCCUAGUUCAGCUAUUUAGGCUUAACCACUCUGUCAUUUGUACCUAGACCUGCUCUUUGCUAGUGAUUCACAAUAAGGUCAUUGUGGUAUAGGAUGAGAAUUUUUUUUUUAAGUAGGAGAUCCUGAACUCAAUCCAGAAGCUUACUCUGUUAAACAGCUCCAGUUGAGUAGUCUUCCUGCAUAAUGGAUCUUUAGAACCUCAAAGGGAAUUUUAUUAUAUGCUUGCAAUAAGACAGUUAAAAAUCCUUGAUGCUUUCUUGAAAGUUGUAUUUGUUUUACAUUGUAUACUAUAGCCUUCUUAAAUCAAUUAUAUUUAUAUACUGUUGCUUUUUAACAAAUGUACGCCAAAAUUGUUUAUAGACCAAAAUUUUUCAUGUAUUUGUUUUAUGUAUCAUCUUUUUUUAAUUUAUCAAAAAUCUGUAUUUAAUGAAUAAAUUUUAAAUUAUUGUUGUUGUUUUUAAUUUUUGAAAAUUUUUGGUUACUUGUAUUUAGGACAACACUUAACUAACAUUUGCACAAAUAAAAGACUUAUAGUUUGGAUUUUUUACCUCAAUAUUUUUAGUUUAUGGGAGCAUUCUUAUUUAUUGGUCUAGGACAUGUGACAUAGAAAUUUGAAUGCCAUAAAAUAUUCCCAUACAAUUUGCCAUAUUUAUAGACAAAGCUUAGAUGUAUAUCAACUCACUCUGUCUGGUAUUUUAAAUUUUUUCCAUUCUUGGAUCAAGAUGAAAUUUCACACAAUAUUCAUUUUCCAUGACAUGACAACAAAUGAAUCAAUAAUUAAUCAAUUGGCUGUAACUAAUUGAUUUUGUUUUAUAUAAAAUAAGAAUUAAGCUAAGUAGAGAUAAACCUUGCAAUACUGAGAGAUAUGGCAGCAAUUAACUGUUCACCCUUUACUCAAUAUAAGCAUAGAUGAGACAUGAAUCAAUAAAUGAAAAGCAACAAUUAGUCAAUUAAUUAUUGGCAAUUAAUUAUUUUGUUUGAUACCAACAAGGGAAAUUAAUCCUUCAGUAGUCACAGAUACUGAUAAAUAGAUAAUUGUUCACAUUAUUUCUCCCUCACCAAUUUUUUUAUCAAGUUGAAAAUUUAAAAUAUUAUUGAUAGUAUCUAUCAAAAUAUGAAUCAAUUUAAAAAUUAACCAGUUAGUCAAUUAAUUAUUGGUAAUUAAUUUUUUUAAUAUCAAAUAAGGGAAAAACUUCUACAUUAUUGAGAUAUAUUGUUGUAAGUGCAAAGUUCUUUCCAUUACAUAACCUUUGUUUUUUUUAAAAGGAUUAUUUUUUUAUUUUGCUUGUUUAUAUUCUGCUAGUUAUUUUUAAGUUUUGUAAGAGAAACUGUUAUUUAAAAAAGGAUAAUGAACUUUAUACAUAUGGUUCAUUCAAGUUGUGGACAUUGUAACUAUGAAAUCAAUGCAAGCUUCAGUAUGUAAUCUGCCUGACAUUUCCAAUUCUAAGUUACUGAUCAUAUCAAAAGUAUGAAAGCAAUAUCUUUUAAUCAUUACUCAUUAGCUCAACAGACAGUGGAUGUAAGUGUUGUUCUAUGAAAGUCUCAUGUCUGACAACAUUCUGAAUUUCAUCCUCAGCUUGGAUAGAAUUUUUUUGUACUUAUUGUAUAUCUGUGGGUAAUUCCUUUAUUAAAUGAUGGGAAAAUCAGGUUUGAAUAGUAUAAAUGGUUUUGAGUAAGAGCAAAAUGCUUUAAAAAAAAAAUUUAUGGUAUCAAAAAUUUAUUACUUAAGGUAAAGAUGCAUGGAAAAUAAUUAGACAAAAAGAAGUUUCAUUUUUUUCCAGUGAGUUAACAUAAGACCACAAAUAGUUGCAGAGGAGUAAGAAAGAAGAGAAAUAAAUAUUUUGUAAAUCGCAGUGUACAAUGGUGACAUUAUAGUAAGUGUGUAGUGGCAGUUUUUUAUUCCUCUUUUAUAUCUUGCUUUGUUUCUCUUCUUAUGCCAGCUAACUAAAUGGAUCAUGUUGGGAGACAAUUCAGAUUUUUCUUCAUUUUCAUUUUUAUAUUGGAGGGUUCAGACCAGUAGUCCUAAAUCUGAGAUAACACAGUUCUCUUGAGUUUCAGACAAUUGUUAAGGAUUAUGUCUUCUAUGUUUUAGUAUUUUGUUUUAAAUUGUAAAAACCAGCCUUAAUACAAGGUGCUUAGAACUAAGGGUGAGAAUGUUGUGAAGGUCUACAAAUGAUUUUAAAAAAUAAUUCACUUUUCCUAUUUAAUAAUCUACGUCUAGUUUGCCCACUGGGCUAAAGUUUCUUGCCCACAAGAACUUGAGAUAAAUCUCUUUCACAAAUUUGUGAUAAUUUAAAUCAAGUUCAACUAAAAACCUCAAGCAUUUUUUUUUUACUGCUUUCUUAAACCACAUUGUUUUUUUUAGAUUUCAUUUUUUUUUUAAUUGUGAAAACCAAGACAAUUGGGAAUUGGGUUAAAUUGAAAAGAUAGCUUUUUAAAAAGUGUUUCGAUAACUCAUGAGAUGUUCUAAAGCCAGGAAAAAACAUUUCAUAGGCUUUUAAAAAAAUGUCAUAAUUGGUUACUUAGAUAUGUAAAAUAAAUAUUUUGAAUGUUUUUGUUUUUUAAUUGUAGCUAGAAACAGAAUUACAGUAUUUAAGCUACUAUUCAUAUUUCUCAAUAAUAACUGACAUUACUAUGAUUAUGAGUUAUUUAUUGAAAAUAAACAUAAAGAUGUUUGUAAAUUGUAUGAGUAGUCAUUAAAAAAAAAUUUAGUUUCUCAGUGAUAAAGCAUUUCCAUGCUCUGGAAGAAAAGUGUGCUAAACAAAAAAUGGAUGUUCCCUCUACCAACAAGCCCCUGCCACAACAAUGUGUUAUAUAGGUGAACGAGAAUAUCUCUUGAGACUAGGUCUCUUCAGUCACGUGAACAAGUGUUCUAUAAGAUGAAUCAAAGUCAGUCUUCGACUGAAGGAGACCAACAAUAUUAAUGGGCAUUAAUAUCAUUUUUGAAAUUAUAAUUACAAUUUAUUUUUCUUUAAGCUGAACUGGACAACAAUUAUGUAGAUUUGAAUUAUAAUGUAGAAAUACUUUCUUGAAACUUGACAUUAAACAAUGUCUUUUUUU